CGUGCGCAGUGGAGAGGAAAUCGCCGAGGUUCGUUUCAUGGCUGUGUGGCUGAGUCAAAAAGAGUGAACGAGAAAAGGUAGCGAGAGUGAGUUCAGGGUGCACACUUUUUGUCGGCUGCCGAUCUGGUCUGAGCGUGUGGCCUCGAUUUAAAAUAAGUCUGUUAAUCAGAAAAGAAGGGGACAGGACGAAACGUCUGGAAUGACGGUAGCGUCCAAAUAGCUGAUUUAAGGUACAACAGGGGCAGCAGCUGAGAUCUAAGCGAGCUAGAGAAGAGGCAGGGAAUAAUCAAUCGUCCUGCAGGUAUAGAGCAGUUGCUGGAUCGCCCCGAAGCUGGUAAAGAUCGCCAAUUAGGUUAAAGAUGGCAGAUGCUGAUUUAGACUUUACCACUGGUGAUGCUGGGGCUUCCACCACCUACCCCAUGCAAUGUUCUGCCCUUCGCAAGAACGGCUUCGUGGUGCUAAAGGGCCGACCAUGCAAGAUUGUGGAAAUGUCAACUUCAAAAACUGGCAAGCAUGGACACGCAAAGGUCCACAUGGUUGGCAUUGACAUCUUUACUGGCAAAAAGUAUGAAGAUAUCUGCCCCUCAACUCACAAUAUGGAUGUUCCCAACAUCAAGAGAAUGGACUAUCAGCUGAUUGGCAUCCAGGAUGGCUACCUAUCCCUGCUUCAGGACAGUGGAGAUGUCAGAGAAGACUUGAAAAUGCCAGAGGGAGACCUGGGUAAAGAGAUUGAGAGCAAGUACGAGGCUGGAGAGGAGAUCCUGAUCACUGUCCUGUCAGCGAUGAAUGAAGAGGCUGCAGUGGCCAUUAAAGCCAUGGCUAAAUAAACACAGCAGGUAUUGGCAAGAUGCACUGGACUUGGACAAAAGGAGAGAAUUACGCCCCAGCAUUGCUACUUCGUUUUGGUUUUUCAUUCUUUAUUAUUUUUGUUUUCUCCCCUUCUUUUAAGUACUUAAUAGCCUGUCACUGGGUUGUACAAUUAUUAAAAAGAAUAAUUGGAAAUUGUUGCAGAUAGACAGAUUACUGUAAAUAUGUUGAAUAUACAUUACUUAACACUAUUUUGAAUGUAUAUAUUAGACACAAAGGACAAUUAAAUGGGCUACAGGAAUCUCUAGCCUUGGAAGGUGUAAAAUCUGGGGGUUUCUUGGAACCUGUAAAGGCACAUCAGAUGUAUUAUACUAACAAGUGUUCUAUUUGUUUGGUUGAUUUUUUUAAUUGUUCCAUUUGUCCUGUUUACCAUCCUUUUUGGCCACAUUAUAUUUUGAACAGUUCUGUUACUCUGUAUUCUAUCAAAAAACCCUGUAUUAGUACCACGACUACAGGAAAUAAGACAAAAGAUGUGAUAUCUUUCAAAAGCUAAAAGAUAGAAGGAGCCUAUCUUGACCUGCAGUAAACAUAUCUUUAGUAAAAAGGUAAAGAUUUGCAUGAAGUGGCCCAGUUUCAUUUUUUUGUGUUUAAGCUUUAAUCGAAAUGUUAAAGAAUGUAUUUGUUCAACAGUGGUUUCACCAAGUCUUCAGAACACAGCAUUACUACAGCUGUUUCUCUUUACCUGGGUAUUACAUAAGUUUGUUCCCUGACUCUGAUGAACAGCUUGUAUUAAACCAAGAGUCUUGUACCCUAAUAUUAAGAGCUCAUACAUGUUGCCUUUUCUGUUUGUUUCUAACGGGCAUUCCUUAAUGCAAAAUAUAUUACUGGCAUUGUACAGAAUUAUUGGUACCCUUAAGGAACACAAGCUAAAUAUUUGUUUUAAAUAAAAACACUGGUUGAAACAACA